AUGGACCCCUCCCUCCCACCUCCCUCAGUCGUGCAAUCCACCGUCGAUACCUUUUUCCUUCAGGCACAUGAUCUUUCGUCGAAUGCUCUGCAUGAGGCUUCAUUCAGAAGGAAGCUUGAUGAGGGAACACUGCCAGCCUACUUACUUCUGGCCGUGCUAGCCUCUGCAGUUCCCUUUUCGUCAGAUCCUUAUUACUCCCGAACGAGGAAUGAGGCCGCUGAAGCAUAUGCGAAAGAGUCAUGGAUGCUAGUUUCGGCAGAGCAUCUCACGGCAAAUGAAAGCUCGCCGAUUGAGAAUCCGCGUAUUGAGGUUGCACAGGCACUGAAUAUUCUGGUCGUGCUAGACUAUGCCGCUGGCCGAGUUGGCUCCGCGCUCGUGAAAACUGGCCUACUGACUCGCGUUUGCCAGGCUUCGCGACUGAUGGUUGAACCCUCUAGCUCGUUACCAUUCGAGGAGCAAGAAGAGCAGCGCCGUGUUUUUUGGUCAGUCUAUGUCACCGACAAGAUGGUUUCUUGUGGCAAGUCACGGCCACUCCCGAGCUUUCAAGACGAUGAAUGCACGCUACAGCUUCCUUGUGACGACGAUACGUUUCGUGCAGGAGAGUGGCAGAACAUGGUCACUCUCGACGAGCUUAUAUCCUGGGAUUUUCAGGAAGAUCAAAGCCCGAACGCAAGUUGCAUUGUGAUGAUUAUGGUUUCGAUCCUUGGCCGCUGCGUGCGGCAUGUCCGCUGCGAAGAAUAUCGAGAGCAGGUCCCCCUUUGGGACGCAAAUUCCGAAUUCUCUAGUUUGACCUCGCUGCUGUCCCGUGCAGGUGCCUACUUUGAAAUCGUAUCUGUUGCAAGAUUGAGCACCAAUAUCGACAGGGUCCCGCGAUCAGAUGCUGGAUAUAUCAUCGUCGCCCACAUGCUAUAUCAUUUAUGCCAUUGUUUGUUAAACCACCCGUUCCUUGCGCGACAGCGCUUGGAGCCAUUCCGAUCAAAUACUGCGUGCUCUAGUUUUAUCUUAGGUCUUUUGUAUACUGCCAACGACCAUGCCCGGCAACUUUUGGAUCUCAUAGGUGACGCUUGCAAAUCUGGAGCCAUCACAAGCCAGUCAGCCAUUUAUCCGUACUGGACUGCCAUAGCUGGAAGCAUAGUGUCCGUGGCAUCGCAUUUUGAUGCUUCAAAACCGCGUCAUAUGAAAGGAUCGGGAUCCUCCCAAUAUCUCGAUAGGAGCCUCGAAAUUCUAGAGCAGCUUGGAGAUAUCUGGCCGCACGCUGUUAACACGACAGCACACCUUCGUGACUUUUAUGAGCACCACGCUCGUCGAUUCGCAUUCUCCCUAAACCCGUCCUCAAUAUCGGAUGACAUCGAUCCUGCUACGGAGCAGGCUCUCUCGGUAAUGGUUGAUCAGGAGCUGGUAGCAAAGCCUCUCCCGAGGACUGGUGAUGCCUCGGAAUUGCAUUUCUCGGACACAUCGACUUGGGAUAUUGAGUUGGACAAAUCUUAUUAUUAA